AUGGCUGCGAUGGCCUUGAAGAACAGCUCAGAGAUGCCAUGUACCCCGAUAGCUUCUAGAUUGGCACCAUCCAGUGCUAUUACACCCGUGGACUGGACGCCCGGAGAGUGGUCUGGAGAAGAAAGUGAAAAUUCUCAAGACGGGGACGAAAUAGAAGGAGAAGAAUCAUUGAUAACGACAUACAAUGAGGCAAUGGCUAGUUUAUCAGAAAAGACCAAGAUCGGAAAAGUCAGCCCAUUGACCUUUCAGUUAGAAACUGGAUGGGAUGAAGCGACGGACGUGGAAAAGGGAAAAUGCAUUGAAAAGGCUAUGGAAGGAUGCAAAGUCGUAUGUGAAAUAAUAGCACCAAACGCUGGGGAUCAGCUUUUUAGAUCAUGCGCUCAAUUAUCAGAUCGGACCAACGAAAAUCCUUCUGGUGACUUGCUUGCUCCAAUGCAGGCGUACAAAAAUGCUCCAACAGGGAAUCUUAAGACCCAGAUUCUAAGUCUUUAUGCAUACCGCUACCCUAUGGAAAAGCUACAAAAGCUACACGAGCCCUUCGAAAGCAUAACUAUGUGGCAAAUAAAGAGGGCAAGAGCUCAUGCUCGCGAAUACGGUCCAGUUUUUACCCUUGAAAAGGCUUCAAGUUAUCGUGUUCGACUUGACACAGCCCUUGUGGAUCAUUUUAUAGAAUUUGUAAACAGACCAUAUUUUUAUCAAGACGUUUCGUUUGGAACCCGAAAAUUGAAAUUGGAUAAUGGCGAACAAGUGACCAUGCCCAAUGUAAUUCGCACAGUAACUCGCUCCACCAUGAUACAACAGUACCUGCAGUUCUGCGAAGAAGAAGAGAUAAAGCCACUAAGCCGUGCAACUUUGUUCGGAUCCUCGAGGUCAGAGAAGCCUCUCAACAAAAGUCAUUAG